AUGUUGUCCCUCUGUUUACUGCUUCUCCUACAUCUAUCGGGGUUCGGUACAGCUCAUCCUGGCAGUCAUGACGAAACUGCCUACUUUCGAUCGCUUGUCUCAAGCCGUUCGGUACAUGAGGCAAGACAGAAGUUGGCCAGAUGUUCCGACCAUAUCAAGCGCAAAGGGCUUGACGCUCGCGCUGCUACUCGUCGGGCAGCAAUUUUGGAUUCAUAUCGCGGGAUUUCUCAUUCUGGGGCUGGACCCAAGUCAAGCCGCUCUUCUACCUCGCAAGCAGUACUCUCAUCGUCCGAGAACCCACCUUGUCUCCUUACGCCUGAGGCAACGAUUGGUCCUUUCUGGGUUGAUGGCGAGUUGAUCCGAUCCAACGUCACCGAUGGAGAGCCCGGUAUUCCGUUGAUAUUGGACGGAGAAUUCAUCGAUAUACACACAUGCGAGCCAGUUGAGGAUGUGUUUUGGGAGAUAUGGAACUGCAACGCCACUGGAACCUACUCGGGCGUUCAAGACUUCGGCCACCACCACGGUGACGAUGAUUCUAAUCUCGACAAGACGUAUCUAAGAGGUGUACAGCGAACUGACAAGGAUGGAGCUGCUCAAUUUACUACCGUGUUCCCUGGUCAUUAUCCUGGUCGAGCCACCCAUAUUCAUGUGCUAGCACAUGUCGGGGCCACUAUUUUGCCUAACAAUACCGUGACUGGAGGCCAUGUCGCCCAUAUCGGCCAGCUUUUCUUUGAUCAGGACUUGAUCGCAGCUGUAGAGUCUACUCCUCACUACAAGGCCAACAAUGUUCGAAUCACGCCAAAUAUAAACGAUGGUAUCUUUAAUGACGUGAAUAGUGCUAGUGGCUAUGACCCUAUCCUGAGUUAUACUCGUCUUGGUCAUUCGCUCGAUGAUGGUAUCCUGGCAUGGACGACCAUGGGGAUUGACUUAUCUGCCAGUUACGAAGCGGAAUCAGCUGCAAGUCUCACAGACCAUGGUGGCGUGGCUCAUUUCCAUGGCUGGUCUGCUCAUGUACCUGGUGCAAGAGAGAUCAUUGUGUUGGUGGUAGGUCUGGGGCUUGUCUUCUGGUUGGCUCGCUCGUUCCGUCAAUUCUGCGCGAGAUCGGCCUAG